AUGCAAGGUACCAUCAGACAGUUCCCAACGAACUUCAUCAGAAAAUUAUUUAUACGAUUUACAUGUGUGUUCUUAUGCAGUGCGUUGAUUUUCAUUUAUAAUUUUUAUGAAUAUAAGAAUUCAGCAGGUUUUACUCCGACGACGAAUUAUUCAAGCGAAACUUUCCUUCCAAAUCUCACUGCAUGCGAAUCGGGAGACACUGAUCGACAACGAUUUUUACUCGAAUUAUUUCAUGGCUGGACGCAAUUCGCUCAUGAAAACAACAUACCGUAUUGCAUUUUUUACGGAACACUUGUAGGUUAUGUUCAACACGGCAAUUUAAUAUCUUACGAUGGUGAUGUUGAUGUUCUAAUGCUCCAAUCGGACACAGCGCGUCUUGUUCCCUUUGCAGAAACCAACUUUUCCGCUACUUAUUACUUAAAACUUCAGCCUCAAUGGUCUACUGUUGGUUAUGAAAAUCGUUCGUAUUUUUACGAUCAAGAUAUUAACUUCGUCGCACCAAAUGCACGUUUCAAACGUCGAGGAAGUUAUAAAUUCGUGGAUAUUUACCCUGGUAAUACAUAUCAUCCAGAUGAUCCAAAAAACUCAACAUAUCGAGGUAAAACUCUGACGAUCUACGAUCGGUCUUACUAUUGGCUACCCUUGCCCAUCGAAUGGAUAUUUCCUUUGAAACCAUGUCUGUUGACUGGGAUAAAAACAUGGUGUCCAGCAAAACCAGACAAAAUUGUAGCUAAAAUAUACGGAAGUGAGUCGGUCAACCAAAGCAAUUACGAAUGUGUUAAUAAUACAUGGGUUAGAGCUCUGUUUUAA